UUGGUAUUGUCUGUGUAGCAGCAAAGCAAAAAAAAAAACAACACUACUCCAAAGACCUUUUCCUUCCCCUUCCUCUCAAAUUCCUAGCUGUACUCACAUCUCUCCCCCCUUUUGUUUAUUCCCAUCUCUCCUCCCCUCUCAUCUGGUGAUCUCCCUCCCUCCAAGCUUAUAUAGAGAGAUCUCAAUUCUAUUGGCCCAUUCCCAUCGGCCCUCAAAGACCUGUGAUCACAAGCAAGAAAUUCGCAGGAGAGGAGAGAUCGAGGGGAUCAAUUCUUUACCUUGAUUUGGUUGAGGUCGCAUUACCGAUUGAUCUAGCAGCAAGAGGUAAUAACAAGUGCCGGUGUAGUGCUGUGCCACCAUGUUGAGUUCUUGCGCGCCGACGGCCGUGCCGCCUCCGGAGGCGGCCGAUGCGCCACCGGAGCCGUUCGUGUCGCUGCAGAUCACUACGGCCGGUGCCGCCGGCGCCAAGAAGAAGCGGCGGCCAGCCGGCACUCCAGACCCGGACGCGGAGGUGGUGUCUCUGUCGCCGCGGACGCUGCUGGAGUCGGACCGGUACGUGUGCGAGAUCUGCGGGCAGGGGUUCCAGCGCGACCAGAACCUGCAGAUGCACCGGCGGCGCCAUAAGGUGCCGUGGAAGCUGCUGAAGCGGGAGGCCGGGGAGGCGGCGCGGAAGCGGGUGUUCGUGUGCCCGGAGCCGAGCUGCCUGCACCACGACCCCGCCCACGCCCUCGGCGACCUCGUCGGCAUCAAGAAGCACUUCCGGCGCAAGCACAGCGGCCACCGGCAGUGGGCCUGCGCCCGCUGCUCCAAGGCCUACGCCGUCCACUCCGACUACAAGGCCCACCUCAAGACCUGCGGCACCCGCGGCCACACCUGCGACUGCGGCCGCGUCUUCUCCCGCGUGGAGAGCUUUAUCGAGCACCAGGACACGUGCAACACCACCCGGCCGCGGGCCGAGACGUCGUCGUCGCCGGCUAGCGGUGGUGGGUUGGGCGGCGUGGCGGCGGCUGCCUCCACGUCGCAGCAGCAGCAGCAGCAGCGGAGGCAGCAGCAUGCGGCGGCGGCGCUGUCGAGGACGGCGUCCAGCGCAAGCCCGUCCAGCGGCGACCUCGUGGUGAGCCCGGUGGCCUGGCCUGGCCCAGCGAUGGCGAGCCCCACGGACGCAGCGGCAUUCCACCGGUACGUGUCGGCGUUGUCGCCUCUGACGCCGCCCGACCGUCCCAGCGUCCACAACCUGGAGCUGCAGCUCAUGGCACCGCGCGGCAGCUGCGCGGGCGGCGCUGCUCCGGCUUCCGUCAGGUGCUGCGCCUCGCCGCAUUCGCCUGCCAUUGUUCCCCAGCAGGGCGCCGACCCGAUGCGGCUGCAGCUGUCGAUCGGGCUCGGCGGCGCACCAGACGACAGCCAGGCUUUGGCUUCGGCGGCAGCGGCAGCGAGGUUGAAGGAGGAGGCCCGGGAGCAGCUGCGGCUGGCGAUGGCUGAGAAGGCAGCGGCGGAGGAGGCCCGGGCGCAGGCGAGGCGGCAGGCGGAGCUGGCGGAGCAGGAGCUGGCGAGCGCCCGGCGCAUGCGGCAGCAGGCGCAGGUGGAGCUCGGCCGCGCCCACGCGCUCCGCGACCACGCCGUGCGCCAGGUCGAUGCCACGCUGCUGCAGGUCACCUGCUACAGCUGCCGCCACAAGUUCCGCGCGAGGGCAUCCGCCAUGAGCUCCGAGGUGGCCAGCUACGUGUCGUCCGUCGUCACCGAAGGCGGCGACGCCGAGGUCGACGACGACGACCACCAGCUCAACGCCGCCGCCGUCGUCCCGAGCCAUGAUAGGAUGGACAUCAACUAGCGGCCGGCUAGCUCGUCAUGCAAAGAUCAUUUUUUUUUUUCCUCCAAGCUCGCCCUCUCCUUCCUUUUGGCUGUUGUUUUAGCAAUGGAUGGGUCUGUGAUGUUGUGCUAGCUGUGCGCAUGGUGGUCUAAUUAGACGCGGUGAUGGGAUCACUAGCAGAGCUCUAGAUUCCAUGGCUGCAGGGCUGAAGCUAAGCUAAGAGAGGGGUCUAAGCUAAUCGCGAUGUGCAUGGAAUCUUUCGGUUGUUUGCUUGCUGUUGGAGUUUCUUACAAUAUCAUUUUGUUCGAUCAGGAGCAUUUCGGCAGCUGUGCAUGGAGAA